AUGAAGACAACAGCAUUGGGCACUAUUGCACCAGCAGGUGCUUUGCCCAGUGAUUUAGUCAAUGAUGACAUCAUGCCAAGAAUGGGCUAUACCAUUUUGGCAGUCAUCAUUGGUUUCUUCUCCUUUUUUGGCGUCAUAUUGAAUGUGACUGUGAUCAUUGUGACGUUACAGCAUCGGCAGCUCCGACAACCACUGAACUUUGCUCUGGUCAACCUUGCUGUGGCUGAUCUUGGCUGUGCAACAUUUGGGGGGCUGCCAACCAUGGUGACGAAUGCCAUGGGUUACUUCAGCCUGGGCAGACUGGGAUGCGUGCUGGAGGGUUUCGCUGUGGCAUUCUUUGGUAUUGCUGGACUUUGCUCUGUUGCGAUCAUUGCGGUUGAGCGCUGCAUGGUGGUUUGCAGACCGGUGGGUUCAAUCACGUUUCAAAUGAAGCAUGCGGUAACAGGAGUGGUUGUUGCGUGGGUCUGGUCUUUUCUCUGGAACACUCCACCACUGUUUGGAUGGGGCAGAUAUGACCUGGAGGGUGUAAGGACGUCAUGCGCUCCUGACUGGUACAGCAGAGAUGCGGGCAACAUGUCCUAUAUCACGUGCUACUUUCUACUGUGCUUUGCACUGCCUUUCUCCGUAAUUGUGGUCUCCUAUACACGCCUCCUAUGGACGCUGCGACAGGUGAGCAAACUGAAAAUGUCAGAGGGAGGAAGUACUGCCCGAGCAGAGACGCAAGUGGCCUGUAUGGUGGUGGUCAUGGUGAUGGCCUUCCUGCUCACCUGGCUGCCAUAUGCAGCAUUUGCAAUGUCUGUGAUCCUGAACCCAGUGCUUCACAUUGACCCACUCAUCGCCACAGUACCCAUGUAUCUGGCCAAGAGCAGCACUGUUUUCAACCCUAUCAUCUACAUUUUCAUGAACAGACAGUUCAGAGAACGAGCUGUGCCGUUCCUGCUCUGUGGCAGAAACCCGUGGGCUGCUGAGCCAGUGGAAUCAGAAGAGACGACAGUCUCAACUAUCAGCAGGAGCAACAUGGUGUCACCUUCAUAAUUAUACACAGCCCUUCCACACAAGCUCUUUUCAGACCUGUAAAAUAUCACUCUCAAGAGCUUCUAACAAGGGUCUAAAGGUUGUUUAAUGGCACAGUUUUUCUCUUAAAG